ACCUUGAUUCGUCAAUGCAGCAAUUUCCAUUUCCCCUCUUUGCCUGAAUAUCUCUCUUAUCGGCGGAAAUACCCCCAUCGACGAGUUUUAAUUUGCAUUUCUCCUCGAGGCCACGAGAGGCCACGAUCAGCGGCAGCGUCAUGCUGCCCAGAGCGGGAGCCAAGAGAUGGAACACGGAGUUUUUGAGCACACAGCAUUGGCGUUUUGCCCUCUAUCUGUCUGGGCUUUUGAGUGGGCGGCGUGGCUACAGUCGUUUUUGGGACUAUCUAUCAAUUUUUUUUUGUUUUAUUACCCCAUACCAUCCAACAAAGUCGUUAUCGACCCUGAUAUGCUUUAGGGUGAGGGAGAAACCUGAGAGACCAUAGACAGAAGAAGCAUGCUUGAGUUUAGAGGUUGGUUGGCUCGGGGCUUUGCAUUGGU